AUGGUGGCAAUGUACAAUGUAUCUGAAUUCAUCCUUCUGGGGCUCACCCAAAAUACAGAGCUUCAGAAACUGUCAUUUGUUGUAUUCCUGUUUGUCUACCUGGUCACCCUGGCAGGCAAUCUACUCAUCAUGAUUACCAUCUGCAGCAGCAGAGCCCUGGGAACUCCCAUGUACUUCUUUCUGGCUUACUUAUCACUUAUAGAUGGCUGCUGUUCUUCAUCCAUGACCCCUAAAAUGCUGGCUGACACUCUUGCUGAGAGAAAAACCAUCUCCUUUCAAGGAUGCCUGACUCAGGUCUUUGCGGAACACCUGUUUGGUGCUGCUGAGAUUAUCCUUCUCACGGUGAUGGCCUAUGACCGCUAUGUAGCCAUCUGCAAACCCUUGCACUACAUGACUAUCAUGAACCAACAGGUGUGUGGCCUCCUGGUGGGAGUGGCCUGGGCUGGAGGUUUUAUCCAUGCCACCAUUCAGAUUCUGUUCAUAGUCUGGCUGCCUUUCUGUGGUCCCAAUAUCAUAGACCACUUCAUGUGUGACUUGAACCCUUUGUUGAAACUCGUCUGCAUGGACACUCACACGCUUGGUCUCUUUGUUGCUGCCAACAGUGGGUUCAUUUGCCUGUUGAACUUUCUCCUCUUGAUGGUCUCUUACAUGGUCAUCUUACAUUCCCUGAAAUCCCACAGCUCGGAAGCAAGACGCAAAGCCCUCUCCACCUGUGUCUCUCACAUCACAGUGGUUAUGUUAUUUUUUGUUCCCUGCAUAUUUGUGUAUCUGCGUCCAGUGGCUACCUUCUCCAUCGAUAAAGCUGUGGCUGUAUUUUAUACCAUGAUAACUCCUAUGUUAAACCCUUUAAUCUACACCCUCAGAAAUGCAGAGGUGAAAAAUGCUAUGAAGCAGCUAUGGGCCAAAAGUUGA